UGCGCUUUGCUAUUACUAAAGCUAAUACCAAGGUUUUCGGUUUUAAGUCAUGGAGAAGAGCAAGUCAUUCCCGGAAUACUCUUCAUCAUUUUCGGGCGAAUUCGACUUCGAAAACCGAUCAAAUUCGUAUAACUUCAACGGGCCAUGCAGCAAAAGCAACGGAUUCGCAGCAUCAAAUGAUCCGGAGCUUAAGAGGAAGAAGAGAAUCGCCUCGUACAACGUGUUCACAAUGGAAGGUAAGCUAAAGUCAAGUGUUAGGAGCAGCGUCAAGUGGAUCAAGAGCAAGUUUAGCGAUGUUCGUUAUGGUAUGUGAGUUGUAAAAAGUAAAAAAUGGUGUCCACUUCUUCUUUCUUGAACAAGUUUAGUUCCCAUUGUAUACAGUUUUAGUUUGUGUCAUGGCCUUUUUUUUUUGGUUUGGAAAUUAGAGGGAAGAAUUUUCUCCCUUGCAAAAAGAAGAAAUAGAAACCCAAUGAAAUUGGGUUAUGUGGAGUCUACUCUUGCACGCCAAAUAAUAUGCGAGUUUGGUCGUUUGGGCUGUAAUAUGUUUUGGUGAAAAAUGCAUAAGUUUAAUUUUCAUUCUCUA